ACAUAAUUAUAUGAUCAUGUAUUUCCCCAACAUGAUUAUGUACUAUCCGACCGUGCCUCUCCAAAAAAUGGAUAAGGUUUUGGUAUUGCUGAACUGCUUCCCAUCCCUUCACGUACCCCACCACCUCCCCUCAUCACCUCCGAUCUCUUCAACUUCUCCAUCACCUCCUUCACCAACAAGAAGGGCUCUCUCAUUGUCUAUCAUUUCCUUAUCCACAGCACUGUUUUCUAUACCUACCUUCUCAUGUCCUGCUGCUUCUUCUGCUACUUCAAUUACUGACUUCUUGGACCUCCCAAAUUCUGGUGGUGUCAAGGCCUUGGACCUUCGCAUUGGUUCCGGCCCAGUCCCCGAUGAGGGAGACCAGGUUGCAAUACAUUACUAUGGAAGGUUGGCAGCAAAACAAGGGUGGAGGUUUGAUUCAACGUAUGAUCACAAAGACAGUGCUGGUGAACCUGUUCCUUUUGUUUUCACACUUGGUUCUGGGAAGGUCAUUGCUGGCAUUGAAACGGCCGUGAGAUCAAUGAAAGUUGGUGGGGUUCGUAGAGUCAUCAUUCCACCUUCACAGGGUUACCAGAAUACCACUCAAGAACCUCUACCUCCCAAUUUCUUCGACAGGCAGAGGCUAUUUACUACCAUUUUCAAUCCAACACGUCUUGCCAAUGGAGAAGGCUCAACAUUGGGAACUCUUAUAUUCGACAUUGAGCUUGUCAGCUUGAGGAAUCAGUGAAGCAAAUAUCUUGAAUAGAAAAGACAAGCAAUUACAUGUUCAUAAGUAAGCUCUUUGAAUUUAAUCUAUUUACCACCGAUCAAGAUUUUGUACACUUUACGGACAACAAUUGUGUUUGAGUGAUGCUAGAGACAGUCAUUUUUUCAAGUGAAGAUUUUAGCUCAAAUAAAGCAGCAGUUUCUUUGUUCCA